CCAAUCCGACACUUCCUUCAAAGUGACGGACACGAGCCUGAGGCGGACCCUCACAAGUUUGUCUUCGGGUUCGGCCGCCGAAUCUGCCCCGGCCGCAUCCUCGCCGAUAACUCCAUCUUUCUCAAUAUCGCUCAGUCACUUGCCGUGUACGAUUUCGCCAAGCCGAUCGUCGACGGCAAGGUCGUUGAGCCGGAAGUCAGGUUUACUACGGGCGUCAUCAGCCACCCGCAGCCAUUUGAGAUCUCCAUCAAGCCUCGAUCUGCCAAGCACGAGACUCUGAUUCGCUCAAUUGAAGAGACUUAUCCGUGGGAAGAGAGUGAUUCCAGAAUCCUCGAGAGGAUAGAGGUUUAG